AUGGACGAAGGCGCCAUGGCAUCAACGAAGCUCUAUGUGGGCAACCUAUUCUACGACCUCACGCAGGAAGACUUGGAGGCGGAAUUCGGCAAGUUUGGACCUCUUGAGCAAUGUGCUGUCAAAAAAGGCUACGCUUUCGUUCACUACGAACGGCUCGAGGAUGCAGAAAUGGCAGUCCAAGAGAUGAAUAACAAGGAAUUGGGUGGUCGUCGACUGCGUGUGGCUUUUGCCGUGUCGCACGGCAUGCAACGACGCUAUGACGGACCGCCGCCGCCUCUGCACGCAGUGCCCUCAGGUCCACCACCAGUUAUGCAGCAGCUGGACCCGAUCAGGCCGUCGCCGCUGCUGCGCAACCCCCGGUUUCCAGUGAACGCGUCGCCCAAUCUGUUUGUCGCCAAUAUCCCGCCUCACGUCAAGAUGAGUGAGCUGGACGACACGUUUGCUCGAUUUGGAGAAGUCAAGAACGUCAAAGUACUGCCGCAGUCAAGACCGGACGCGCCCAUGUCUGCUUUUGUCGACUACACUGACGUGUCGUCCGCCCAGAAGGCACACAGUUCCACGAUCGUCAUGUCGGGACAGCAGCUCCGCACGGACUAUAAUUUCCGCAAAAGCAAAGGGGACGGACUGAAACGCGUAAAUGGCAAAAACCCUGACGGUGGCUAUGAUGGUGAAGAGCAGAGGGGCAGGCGUCCGCGCCACGACUCGAUCGACUCUCAAUUUGGCAAACGGAGCAAGUUUGAAGACGAGACGGAGGAUCCGAGCCAUCGUCGUCAUCAUCACCAUCGCCACUCGAGUCGUCACCAUUCGUCGCGCCAUAGUCGAGAGGACCCGGAGGAGCGGGAACGCAGUGCAUCUCCUUUGCCUUAUCGUCAUCAUAGCAGCAGCAGAAGCUUGUGUAGAGGUGAGGAUUCUCUGAGGCGCGAGCGCUCGCGGGUCCAUCCGUCUUACGUACGUCCAGAUGACCCUGACAGAAUCCAUCAGCACGCACGCCGCUCGCACAACGGCGAGUAUAACGACCGCCGACCACGUGGCGAAGGGAGAGUGGCUCAUGAGUAUGCAGAACAUGAACUGAACAAGUUGCCGCCGCAAGAACCUCGUCGUCACAGCCGCCCAGAGAUAUCGCUGCGUCACGGAUCGCGCCGCAGUCAUCGAAAUGAUCGGAGCUGGUCGCCCUCUCAUUCGAGACCUCGCAGUCGUAGCCGCUAA